AUGGCCCAGCAGCGAGCGGCCGCGAACCCGGUGCCCAAGGCCUUGCUCAAGCCAACCAGGCUGAGCCUGCGGAGCGCCCCGCAGCUCCGCCCCCCGAGAACGGAGCCCAGUAGCCUGGGCAGGUACUGGGGCCACGCCGCCACCGCUUCCCGGGAGUCCCCCCUCCACGGCUCGCUGAUGCUCCCCGGAGCGGGCCCGGGGCGACGGCGGGGGGCGCUGCGGGAGCUGCUGGGGCUCCAGGGGGUGGCUCCCGCCGGGUGGCUGUCGGAGGAGAUCCCGGAGGAGCAGUCUCCAGGCGUGCCCGGCGGGGCGAGCAGACCCGGUGGAGCGAGCGGACCCGGUGGCAGCGGACUGUGCCUGGAGCCACGGGAGCACGCGUGGAUUCUGGCAGCCGCCGAGGGCCGUUUUGACGUGUUGCAGGAGCUGCUGGAAGUUGAGCCCGGGCUGCUGCUGCGGGGCGACCCGAUCACAGGCUACACCGUGCUGCACUGGCUGGCCAAGCACGGGCGCCACGAGGAGCUCAUUCUGGUCCAUGAUUUUGCCCAGCGCCAGGGGCUGCCGCUCGACGUGAGCGUUCCUGGCAGCGGCGGCUUUACGCCGCUCCAUCUGGCGGCCCUGCAGGGCCACGAUAUGGUCAUCAAGGUGCUGGUGGGCGCCCUGGGCGCUGACCCCACGCGUCGCGACCACAGUGGCCAUCGGGCCUGCCACUACCUGCGGCCCGAUGCGCCCCGGAGUCUGCGGGAGCUGUCGGGGGCGGAGGAUUGGGAGACAGCACGCGGCAGCGAGCGCAACAACGUCAACAACAACAGCAGUGGUGCCUCCGGGUGGAUGCUGAGACGGACCCCUAGCUCAGCGGGCGCGACGACGGCCACGCGGACACACACCAGAGCGGCGGCCCCUUCGGCCAGAGAGAAGAAAGCCACGGGCAGUCUGGCGGCUCAUACCCAUGGCCUUUUGCGCCAUCUGUUCCCCUUCUUCCAGGACCGUUGAGGGUGACUUGAACUAGAGAGCUCAGAGGGGCCGCGACACUGUAGUGAGGCCUCAUUCUGGGGUUGUUUACCGGGUCCACCGAAAGGAGAGGCGCCCUUACACAGCUUGGGCCUGCAUGGAGCAGACCACGUUGGAGCCGGCUCAGGUACCUGUUCCAAGUCUCCUGAAACCACCCAUCAGAAGGACUCAGGGACUUAGCACACCACGCCCCCUCAACAGAGAGAGAGAGGCAAGGACCAAGCUAGCCUGGCAACAGAACUAAGGAGUUAGGAGCAGGGAGCAUGGUCCUCCUUGGGCAAGUUAAGCUUCUAGCAGCCAUUUGAGGUCAGGUGGAAGCGCUGGGUUUACUAGGAAGCAUUCAGUAGAAGAGUAAGUUAAAACUAAAUCAUUGAUGCAGAGAAAACGCCUAACUGCCCUUAACAAGUCUCCCUGUGCUGCUAGUCAGCCCCUGGCAACCUGCUCCUGAGAUUACCCAGGCCUUACCAGUACCUGGUCUAAUUAAUGUAUCACAGAUGACUUCUUAAGUAUAUUAAAAUGGGAUUUGUUUUCCCUUUUAC